AUGGACGAUAUUGUUACGAUAUUAAUGAAUGCAGAGAUGGAACAGAUGAAUGCAGCUGGAACGCUCGUUGCAGUAACACAGAGGGCUCUUACACAUGUGGCUGUGAUUCAGGCUUCCAUGGUGAUGGGAUGUCAUGUGGGUAAAGAGGAGGAAAGGUUUAAAUNUCUGGAUGGAUCACAUGACUGCAGUUCGCAUGCAACUUGUAAGAACACUGUGGGCUCCUAUUCAUGUUCAUGCAAUGAUGGUUUCCAUGGCAAUGGUCGUUUAUGCUCUGACGUCAAUGAGUGCAGCGUUGGAAGUCAUCUCUGUGAUGCUCACGCCACCUGUGUUAACAAGCCUGGUUCUUACAGCUGCUUCUGCAGAAAAGGCUACACCGGCAAUGGAAGAUAUUGCAACGACAUUAAUGAAUGCAGAGAUGGAACAGACAGAUGUAGCUGGAACGCUCGUUGCAUUAACACACAGGGCUCUUACACUUGUGGCUGUGAUGCAGGUUUCUAUGGUGAUGGGAUGUCAUGUAGUGAUUUAGAUGAGUGCGCACGGGGUGCGCACGAUUGUCAUCCCAAAGCUGUGUGCAGUAAUACUUGGGGAUCAUAUCAGUGUUCCUGUUUAAAAGGAUAUUACGGAAAUGGCAAACAGUGUAAAGCUUCCUCUGCCACAAAUCAACAAGUGCUUCUCGACAUAUUUUUUCUUUUUAGUAUGAGUAUUGCUUUUAGUCUAUUGUUCUGUAUGCAUCGUACAGAAAGUGAACACAUUACUAUGUCACAAUCUAAAGCGAAAUAUCAUAGACUCCAUCUCGAUGAAGUGACUGAUGGCACGUCCUAUGAGAAACGCACUAGUAACAAACUCUCGAUCGUCAGCUACUCCGAGGCAACACCCGUCUUGGUGUUUAUUUUGGCUGUGAUUCUUCUCAUAAUUGUGAUGGCCAAUCAAUCUCGUGACAAGGAAGUUGAAAACGACAGCACAAGUUUUGCCGCGUCAGUUGACUGCAGACAGAUGCCACUUUGUGACUCCAACUCAACCUGUACAGCUGAAUUCAGUAGAGACAAAAAUCGUUACAUUUGUGUUUGUAACACUGGCUUUAAAAGAAACGGUUCCAUUUAUGCAGAUGGCAUGCCAUGUCAGGAUCUUAAUGAGUGCAAAGGCAAUAUGCACAACUGUAGUGUUCAUGCACUCUGCAAUAACACCAUUGGCUCUUAUGAUUGUACUUGUGUUCAAGGGUUCCAUGGAGAUGGCAUAACAUGUGAAGAUCUCGAUGAGUGCAAAGGCAAUAUGCACAAUUGCAGUAUUUAUGCACACUGCAAUAACACCAUUGGUUCUUAUGAUUGUAAUUGUCUUGAAGGGUUUCAUGGAGAUGGCUUGUCAUGUCAGGAUGUUGAUGAGUGCAAGGAUAAUAUGCACAAUUGCAGUAUUUAUGCACUCUGCAACAACACUAUUGGCUAUUAUAAUUGUACUUGUCUCGAAGGAUUCCAUGGGGAUGGCAUGUCAUGUCAGGAUAUUGAUGAAUGCAAAGGUACUCUGCACAACUGCAGUGCUCAUGCAUUUUGCAAUAACACUAUUGGCUCCUAUGACUGUACUUGCCUCCCAGGAUUCAAAGGAGAUGGAUUGUCGUGUGAUGACAGCAAUGAGUGUAAAACGAAUACACACAACUGCAAUGGGUAUGCUGUCUGCAAAAACACAAUUGGCUCCUAUGACUGUACGUGUCNAUUUAGCUAUGGUGUGGAGGUGCAUAGUGGUGAACAAAAGAAGACAUCGGAGCCACUUUUGGUUUCCAAUUUGAGUGAUUUGGGAUCUUCAAGUUUCUCUGCUGCCGACACAAGUCCCAACGAGAACGUCACUCAGUUGCCUGUAGUGAAAAAGGAAGAGAUAAAGUUCUCAGCUAAAGACGAAGUUGGCCGCGGUUCUUUUGGCGUUGUUUACAAAGAGACAUGGACCGGAACCAAAGUUGUAUUGAAGCAUGGGAAAAUACGAAACCCCAGGCGUCUUCGGGACAUAAAACCUGCCAAUGGGCUGGUGCCCAAGACAACACACAUAACUAAGCUACGUGACAUAGGUUCGAGCAAGUUGAAGUCAGUGCAGUCCCUCAGUCAGACCACUAGCACAGGUAUUCCAGGAACUCCUUCUUAUAUGGCUCCCAAAUGUCUGCAUGUGAGAAAGAAAGCCACGGUCCAUUCAGAUGUCUGGUCAUUAGCAUGCACGCUAGUUGAACUUUUCACGGAGAAGGACUGCCGGGAACAACCGUUGGAAGACAAGAAAGCGACCGCUGGAAAGGAAAGUGAUGGUUUCGCUAGAUAG